AAGGCAAAACGGAUGCGCAUGUUGGCGAAUGUUGGCGGAGCAAUACCAGAAGGCAAUAUUGACGACGGUAUUCGCACGGGCUGGAUCUGUUGUACGUUGGGCAAACUAGAAGCACAUCCAGAAGAUACACAUAUGCCAGGCGAUAAUGUACAAGAGUUUGUCGGGUUCCGGGAUGUCAAGCCAGGUGUUAAUGUGGUGGUGCAAAUGUUUACCGAAGAGAAGAGAGCGGAAACGGAUUUGGAGACUUUGUGGGGUGGAGUGGUGAGAACGCAUCAGAGGAAGAUUAAGUCAGCUGACGAGGCGCUGAAAGAGUUGGAAGAUGAUAUCGAGGAUCUUGAGGAAGAGGAUGGGGAGGAUAUUGAGUAUGAAGCCCGUCAUACACCGCGUGGAGUGAACAAGCAGCCUACUGAGACGAGUCGGCCUGCUAGUCCUCCAACCCCAGCGCGGCAGAUGCAUAGACCGCGGCCCACCGCUGGGGAUGUCUUCCCACCGGCUUCAGCUCCCGAAACCCGGAAGCAAAUACGUAGGUUGCACACUGUCGGCUUGUAGCAACACCAAACCUAAGGAGAACUCGAGCAUAGAAAUAACAUUAGAUUCCGUAAGCCGUGGCAUCUGCCCAACUGUACCGUAGUCCAAUUACCUGUAACACUAUCAUAUAAACAACAAAAGGGAGAGGAGUACCAUAUCCUACUCACCCUAUUUCCCUUUCUA